ACGCCUUCUGUGGUCUCCCCUCUUCAAAGUCGAGCUCUUACACUAAAAGUCAGCCAGCCAUCUUAGGGUACCAAGCAACAUCCAUGAAUGUGUGCUUUCAGCUCUUACUUCCGACAUCCCCGACCAUUCCCAGUAUCUCAUCGAAGGGGCAGCUGGAGGGCUGAUUGUGCCUCUAAGUAGCAGCAGUAUGCAAGCCAGCCCGCGCUCUUCGGAGAUCGUCCGUAAUAGUAAAGUAAUGUCUGACCGCCCCUUCAUCCCGAUGCCAUCAGUGAAAGACAGCUUUCAAUGGUGUCUAGGGUCUGCAUCCCACGGUCACCACCCAUGAACAGGCAUGCAGGUCAUUGCCCCCAGGUUCCUCCUCCCCAUGUCCUUCCUAGACGUACCAGCACGGUACGAAAACAUCCUUGGCUCCGUAGACAUCCCAGAAAGUCCGGGACCGAGAAGACGACCAUUGCCUCCCAUGGUCGGGCCGCCUUGCGCCGCAAUCCAACGAGGGCUGAAGGGUGUAUCUGCACGCCAUAUAUCGGAUACCACUGAUGCCC